UUUGUGUGUGUACACACUCAGAUACGCAUGGAAACAGAUGAGCACUGAAAUAUUCUAUUCAAUCUUGGUGUUACACAAACCAAGCUUUUCCUGGAGCUGCAGGUUGAGCAGGUUACAGUAUGGAUGAGUCUCCAGGUGUGUGUGUGUGUGUGUUUAUUUCUGACUAGAAAUAUAUGCUUCCUCAAAGCCAGUGGCUAUAUUAUUCAGUGCUGUGUUCAUCUAAACAUGUCAAAACACUGGAGCAACAUUUUUUUUCCCCGCUAACUGGCAGUCUUCCACAUUCUUCCCACUCCAACUUGCCUUAGAAUCAAUCUUCAUGACUUCUAAGGCGUUCUUCUUCAAUCCAUCUCAAUCUGCCUUUCUUUGGUUUGUUCAAUGAAGCAGUCUGAUGGGGGUAAACACUAAAGGGGAGAAUGUGAGCAAAUAUUCUGUGUGAAGUCCCACUGACUAAUAACCUCGGACGAAGUAAAUAAGGAAAUACUAUCUGAUGCAUUUUCUUGGUCUUUUCGUAUUGUGUUUCUCAUUCUUUGUUGUUUUUUUUGUUUUGUUUUGUUUGGUUUCUCACCAGAUUGUAGAAAUUUAUUUAGGGACUGAAGCCUUUUUUUUUUUUUCUUUUUCAUUUCAAUCAAAAUGAAGCACUGAAUAUUUCAUGGCGGUUCUCAAAGAGGAGUCUGGGGUCCUCCUGGGGUCCUUGAAUUAUAGCCCAGAGGUCCCUGUUUUUUGUUUAUUUGUUUUUAGUUACAGUGGUGAAAAUCCCAACCCAAUAUUGUCAAAUCUAUUUACUGUGUUAUUGAGUUACCAUAAUUGACCUGUUUGACUGGACACUUGAAUUUGGUUUAAUCCAAAUUGUAAUAACUAAAAAAAAAAAAAAAAAAGUAGGUCUAGUAGGUCUAUGAAUAAUGUUAACUUGGACCUAUUGUGUUCAGGAACUUGAAGGUGAAUCAUUCACCAUCAGCUUGAAUGAUCACUAGUUCAGCUAUGUGUGCGUCCAUUAUUACUACAUUUAUUUACACUCUUUAUGUCUUUUCACAGGUAGCAAAUCAUCAUCCCCAGCACUUCCAAGUGACCCAGGUUUUGUCCAGCCAGAGGCAGAACCAGUACAUGACUGGACAGAACAUAUGGACAGGAACAGUGCAGACCUGGACUUGCAAGAUGUGCCUCCUCCAGACCCUGUUCCCCUUUUAGAACCCCACGACAUCCUUGACCUUCCCCUUCCCCCACCUCCAACUCCAGUCUUAGAGCACCUCACAUCUUCAUCCGACUCCUCUGCCAGCCCUUCUCCACUUUCUGCCAUCAGCCCGGCACGGCCCACCACUCUGGCUCUGAAGGUAGUGCCCCGUACCACUGGCAACAAGGAGAAUGGUGGAUCUCCAGCCCAAGAACCUAAGGACAAGGAGAAGAAGAUAAUGGAGGAGGAGCUUAAGAAAUGCAUCGAGGAUUUCCGCAAGAUUAGAAUCCCCAAGCUCUUCCCAGAUCGCAAGAGGCUCUGGCAGAAUGACCUCCUGAAAAAAUACAAUGCCUAACUUAAACGCAGUAGUUGGGAGCCAAUAAAGCAGACUUCAUGGAGUAAACAUGCUUAUGUUCUCUCUUUCUGCAAUGCGUUAGUCUACGUAAAACAGGACCUAGUAUCCUCAUCUGAAGCAUUCCACUGACAGGAAGUCUGUAUAUGCAAUCGAGAUGGAUUGUACAAAAAUUAAAACAAAGCUAGGCGAGCUGAUCUAUUUUGUCUGUCAGGGUUAGUAUGAGAGGUAGGCUUGACAUCAAACCUUUGAUGAUGUUUUAAUUUUUGUCAAAUAAAUAAAUCUUUUUUUUUUUUUUUUCUUUUUAAAAGAAAAUAUUCUGAGUAAAGGGAAAGGGGGAGCAGGGGGUCGGAGGCAGACUAACUUUGUGCUGAUUGUGCCACAUUCUCUCUUGCAUUGGCUGAUUGCAAAUCAUAGCUGACAGCUGAGAAGUUGAUCGGAUCAUUACACUGAAGCUAAAUAAAGCACGUGUUUAAAGAGCUAUUCAACGUCUGCGUGUACUUGGGACUGAAUAAAUGCACCACAUGAGCAUGGUACAGACUGAUUGUCAUCAGGAACUAUUGUUCACUGUUUAAAUAAGUGUUUUAAAUGAAAAAAAAAAAGAAAAAAAAGUUAUGAUUGAACAUCAUGGUCAGCCAUGGUUAGGUUGGAAUAUAUUUCGCCUGAAUUUCACUUCCUAAAUACAGAAAAGAGUUUGA